GAAAAACCAUACAGUUCCACAAAUAAGCGUCAACGAAUUGCAGAAAAAGUAAACAAACAUGACGAAGAGGAUUGCAGUUGUUACGGGGGCCAGCAAAGGGAUAGGAUUUGAAAUAUGUAAGCAGCUAGCUUCAAAUGGGGUGGAGGUGAUAUUAACUGCUAGAGAUGUGAAGAGGGGAAAUGAAGCUGUUGAAAAACUCAAUGCUGCUGGAUACUCCGAUGUGAUUUUUCAUCAACUUGAUGUGGGGGACAAGGCUAGCAUUUCUUCUUUUGCAAAUUUCAUCAAAACUCAAUUUGGGAAGCUUGACAUAUUGAUAAACAAUGCAGGGAUUGUUGGAUCCAUAGUCAACACAGAAGAUCAAGAGGGCUUAAAACAAGGGUAUGAUGAAGUUAUAGGUGGAAAUCGUCGAUCCUUGGAGAAAGUUUUCAAGCAAACAUUCGAAACUGCCACGGACUGUAUAAGAACAAAUUAUUAUGGGAUAAAGCUAGUGAGCAAAGAACUAAUUCCACUUCUUCAAUUAUCCAAUUCUGCAAGAAUAAUAAAUGUCUCCUCCUCCUUCGGACAGCUAAAGCAUAUCCCAAAUGAGAAUGCAAGGAAGGAGCUUGGAGAUGUACAUGGCCUCACAGAAGAGAAAGUGGACAAGGUGGUGGAAGGGUUCCUAGAAGACGUCAAGGAGAAUUUGAUACAAGUCAAAGGCUGGCCGACAAAUUUUUCUGCUUAUGUUGUCUCCAAGGCAGCUGUGAAUGCUUUUGCAAGGGUUCUUGCUAAGAAGUAUCCCAACAUUGCCAUUAACUCAGUUUGUCCUGGCUAUGUCAAGACAGAUUUGAAUCACAACACUGGGGUCUUGACUGUUGAAGAAGGAGCUAAAAGUCCUGUCAUGCUGGCUUUGAUGCCUGAAGGUGGACCUUCUGGCCUAUUCUUUGAUAGGAAUGAAGUGUCAACCUUUUAAGUGAUAAUUGGUGCAAUACGAUGCAUUUGCUCAUUUUUAUGUAACAUUUUGUAGUACU